UGUGGUUCCCAUCGACUGCUCCUUAUGUUCCCAGUGAUGAUUCCUUGUGUUCUCAUCGUUGGUUCCCAUCCGUUCCCCAGCGAGAUUCCAUGAAGGCGCUUUGUUAGAGAUGUUGUGGCUUCAGUCUUGUGCUCGUGUUUGCGGACAUCUGGUGCUUGUCGCAGCGCAAUUUCACGCGCUUUGCUCAAUCUGUGUGUGUGUGUGUGUGUGUGUGCGAGAGGGCUAAGGCUUUCGACGCAAGGUGGAGAGAGCGAGCGAGAGAGAGAGAGAGAGGAUUUUAAGGUGUGAAUCUUGAGGAAGAAGCGUUGCAGGUAUCCUGAUUGCGUGCCGUGACAGAACCUUUGCAUUUCAGAGGCGAGGGGAGAUUGGGAAUUGGCUACGAAGGGGCUGUAGAGGAUUUGUGAUUGGAUUCAGGAAGAGGGCUCUGGAUUUUCGUUGGACGUAUUUGAAGAUUCUAGGGUGAGAUGGGGAAUGGAGCAAGUAAGGAUGAGCAGCUGUAUCAAGCAGUUUUGAAUGGAAACACGAGUGCUGUUAAUGCACUACGACACGAUGGAGCGUCUUUGGAGUCUAUGGACAAAGAAGGCCGUACUCCUUUGAUGAUUGCAUGCACACGGGGCAACUUGUUUGACAUGGUGUUAACUCUACUCAAUUUAGGGGCUAAUAUUAAUGCCUACCAACCUGGAUCUCAUGGAGGCCAGCCACUACAUCAGGCUGCAAAGCUUGGCUUGGACAGAACUGUGUUUUUAUUAUUAUCACGUGGAGCGGAUCCACUUGCUGUAAACGAUGAUUCUUUGACGCCACUGGACUUAGCACGUAAUCGAGGUCAUCUCUCUGUCGUACGCAUGAUUGAGGAUCGUGUUGCUAUAUUUACUGGCAUGCUCCGAGAGCUUUCUGGACUUGGUUUUCUAGAAGCAAUUGCACCUCAAUGGGUCACUAAGAAGAUUUGGGCUGCGGUGGUACCAACAGGAUCCGAUACUAGAAAACCUCCUAAAUAUGAGCUGGUUAUUUACCUAUCUUUUAAGAAUCCCUUGCCACGCACUAUUAUUUCCCUUUCAAGGGCUGAGGUGGAGGAACCUAAGUUCAACAUGCCUGACCCCGUUCUAGUUCUGACAGAUAGGAACACAAGAACGAAGUAUAAAUUUUUGGCAGAAGCACCAGGUGACAAGGCACAGAUUGAGCGGUUGUUUUGGGCUUGCAAAGGCGUUGAGCAGACUCCUGGUAUUCCACCGCAAGCUGUUUUGCAAGGGAUGGCUGCAAUGAUUCGACCAGCAGCCCAGCAACACCAGUCACAACCACAUGUUACAACUCAAAGUCCUAAUUCUGGGAAGCUCAAGCAUCCCUCUGAGAGAACUAGUGAUGAAGCAUUGCGAAUGGGCAUCGAUGCGUCUCUACGCACUGCUGCAGCAGAAAGCAGCAAUCUUGGGGGUUGGGGUAACGAUGACAUUGCGUCGAGCUCAGAUUUCAAUGGUUGGGGUUCGUCUACAGAUGCUGGACCCAGCAGCGCGCCACGUCCCUCAGAAGAAGUUCCGGAGCCUGAGCGUGAGAGAAUGCCUGAACCUUUGAUAACGUCGAUUCCAGAAUAUCACCCAACUGAAACAUAUGAUUCUUCUUCUACCUCUUUGCCUGCGGUACCUUCAGCUCCAUCUCCAACUCCACCACAAGUACUCGACCAAGUUGCUUCAAUUUCUUACCCUCAAAUCGAUGCAUCACCAGUUGAGGUUGAUUACUUGGCUGAUGCUCAGCCGUCUCCGUCUGCUCCGCCCGUUGGCAAGACGACAGACGAGAAAGCUGGUCAAUGUGUGGUUUGCUGGGAUGCUCCAGCACAGGCUGUUUGCAUUCCGUGCGGCCAUUUGGCCGGGUGCAUGGAUUGUCUGUCCGAGAUUAAAGAAAAAGGUUGGGGCUGUCCUGUGUGCCGGACUGCCAUUCAGCAGGUGGUAAAGGUGUACACUGUUUGAAGGAGGCUUGUGGCGUAGCCUAUUGAUAUGCCUACUUUUAUUGCUCAAGGCAAUUGCCUCCUAAUUUUUAGUUCUCAGUAGUACAAGAUCUCGUGUCACGUAUCAUUAUUUGUAAGAAGCCUUGAUUCAGAGUAGGGUAGGUUAGUUUGACAAUCCCAUCGAAAGUCAUGUUUUGCUCCAAAGAAGUGCUUAAUUAGUUAAGAACCUCCAACAAUGUGCAUUUCUUAGAUCCAUCUGGAAAGCUCUUAAUUUUGUAGAUAGCUUUUAUCGAUCUAGACAAGCUUUCUCUCAUCAGGUAACAUUAAGCGAAUUUUUAUGUGCAACUAAUCAAAUUGAGGGAAGAAGAGAUCAAUUUUAAUUUCUGGUGUUCACAUUCACACAAUAAUGCAGUAUCAGAUUCGUCUUGAUCUUAA